AAAAAUUCCAUAGGUGCAAUAGUAUGCAGGUUCAAUUGUAAUGGAACCUGUUUUUAGAUUGAAGUUCCAAAUAUAUUAAUUCAAAUGUUUUUAGUCGAUAUUAGUCAAAAAAAUUUGUUUGCAUCGUGUUCUUACGAAAAUCGGUAUGGAUUUUAGACUAACAGACAAAAUCUUUAGGUCUAAACUCUCGUAUGUCAGAAUUCUCUUUAAUAAGAUGAGUGAUGAGUGAGAAGGCUAUUGAAUGCUUUGUUUUUUGAAGGAGGAAAGAACUGUCAUGCUUAAAAUAACAUAAAUGGAUUUAGAUCAACUUUUACAAGAAAAAUUGGGGGGAAUAAGUAGAUAUCAAUGGCUGCUCAUUUUUGCUUUGAGUUUGCAACCCUUGGGGAGUUCAAUCAUGUCUCAAACGAAUGUCUUUUUCAGCUCUGUCCCAGAUUACAGAUGUUCAACGCCACCUUUGGAUGAUCCGAACAUUUAUCCAGAACUCACGGAAGAAAACAUCACAGCGCUCAUGAUUCCACCCGGGGAGCCGUGCUAUAGAUAUGAUUACAAUUUAUCGAAGUGCAAUGGCAAUGGAGACCUGUCAUGUUUGAAUAAUUCUGAUCCAGGAACCAUUGAAUGCGAUGCAGGUUACGAAUACGAUGAUACAUAUUUCGAAGAAACUACUGUUUCUGAGUGGGAUCUCAUUUGUGGACGAACUACACUUGAUUCAUUAGCAAAUUCAAUGUAUUUUGUUGGUAUAUUCAUAGGCUCAUUCCUAAUUGGCCCAAUGAUGGAUUGGUUUGGACGUAAGAUGAGUAUAUUAAUACUCACUGUGUAUUCAACCAUCAUUGGAGUUAUUCUCGCCUUCGUUCCUUCGUAUGAAGUUUACAUUAGUAUGAGAACUCUCCUGGCAAUAGGAGCAACCUCGUCUUAUUUGGCAUAUUAUACAUACGUUUGUGAAAUCGUCGAUAACUCCUGGAGGACCGUGGUUUCUACACUUGCUUUAUUGGUAUCUGCCAUUGGUCACACAAUAUUACCAGGCGUAGCAUACUUCCUACGAGAUUGGAGAGAAUUAUGUCUAUGUUGUGCACUAUGCUGCAUUCCGUACUUUUUUGUUCAUUUUUUUAUCCCGCGAUGUCCAAGAUGGUUGUUGUCAAAAGGAUUGGAAGAUGAAGCAAAGAAAACAAUCGAAAAGAUUGCAAGAAGUAACAAAGUUGAACUUUUGGAUAUUGAUUGGAAUCUGGUUGUUAAAACGGAAAGAGAAUACAUUGAGGCCGUCUCUAAACAGAAAAAAUACGUUAUCCCAGACCUUUAUCGGCCUCCAAUGAUGCGAAUUGUUUCUUGUAACAUAAUUUACUUAUGGUUCGUUGUGAGCUUGGUGUUUUAUGGACUUACUCUUAACGUUGGAACACUCGCAGGUGACCCGUACGUCAAUGCAACAUUGAAUGCUUUUGUUGAAAUUAUCGGAUACCUUUUGUUCAUUGUUUGUGCAAAACCUGCAGGAAUGAGAAUUACUUCGAGUAUUUCAUAUUUACUUGGUGGAAUAUGCUGUUUAACAACAAUGUUUCUAGCACAGUUUGCAGAUGGUAAUGAAGCCAUGAUAGAAGCAAGUCGGUGGAUAGCAAUAUUAGGUAAAUUAUUUGCGAGCAUGUCGUUCACUGUUGUCUACCAAUAUACCGUGGAGCUAUAUCCAACUGUCGCAAGGGGGACAGCAAUGUCAAUGGGAUCUAUGUCUGCUAGAAUUGGGCCAAUAAUCAUGCCAUUUACUCUGCAACUACAGCAAGCAAUUCCUUGGCUGACUCAGACCAUAUUUGGCACACUUGGAUUGAUAGCCGGAGCAACAACAUUGAUGCUCCCAGAAACUUCAAAAGAAGACUUGAUGACAUCAAUCGAUCAAGCUGAAAAUUUUUACCGAAGAAACAUGAGAAUUAUUGCGAAACUGUUCCGAAAAACUGAAGUAUAUCAAAGCGAAUCAAACGACGAUAAAAAACCAUCGACAUCUGGCGAACUCAAAGAAGGAUAUGUAUUUAAAUGCGAUGAUGAAGAUAUGUAUUUAUAUACAUCAAAGUUAUGAAGCCAUCUCAGUAAAUAUACUAUAUUUACUGUCGCCUUUUUGUUGAAGACAAUGAUAUACCAUAUAAUGAAAUUUCAGGUGCACAAUAUUGAUGUUUUUUCAGCAUCUUAAUCUUCUUAUUAACCAUACAGCGGUAUUACACCUGUAAGAUGGCGUUAGAUCAGUCUAUAUAACAUUAUUGCUGGCAAUGACGACAAAAUUUAUAUUUCAUCAAUAUUUUAAACAAUAGAGGUUUUGGAACUUUUCCGGCAUAAUUGAGAUCAUUGUAGCUUUUUCUGUUUUGCUGACUCUUACAUCUUUGAUAACCCUUGUAAUUUAUUAUAAAUUAAAUUAUUCUAAAGAAAUGUCUAUUCGAUAUUUUGAUGUGAUGUCGAUUCUUCCUAAUUCAAUAACCUUUUUUAAAUAGCCGUAUAAACAUAUUAAGAAAAAAAACUAAUAUAUAUAUAUUAUAUUA